AGCCAUGACAAGCAUUAUACAGCUACAGCUACUGAAGACUGUACGAUGCCUCCCUUCUUCUCUCUCCUUCUCUUCAUUUUCCUCUCUUUCACUCCCAGCUCCGCCGCUCCAAACUUCAGCCAGAAUGCACAGCAAGAUCUGGUCCGUUCAUCGUGCCUCCAUGCCAGUUACCCUACCCUAUGCAUCCACACUCUCUCCUCAUACUCCGGCCCGGCCAACACCCCUCGCGACCUCGCCCAAGCCGCCGUCAAGGUCAGCCUGGCUCGUGCCAGUAAGGCGUCGAAGUACCUAAGCUCCCUCUCAGGGCUUAAAGCUAAGAGAGAAAGAGUCGCACUAAGUGAUUGCGUUGAGCAGAUAUCUGAUGCAGUGGAGGAGUUGAGCAGCACACUGGAUGAGUUGAAACAUUUGAGAAGCGAAACGUUCCGAUGGCAGAUGAGCAAUGCGGAGACGUGGGUGAGCGCUGCUCUGACGAACGAGGACACGUGUCUUGAUGGAUUUGAGGGAGUUGAAAGCAAGGUGAAGAGUGAUGUGAAGCGAAAGAUCAGAAAUAUGGCUAGGGUUACUAGUAAUGCUCUGUAUAUGAUUAAUAGGCUUGACGAGAACAGCGGUGGCAGGCCUAGCGUCGAUAAUCCUUGAAGAUGGUUUUCGUGUGAUUGUGAAAUUAGUCUUUUGAGUAAUUACUCUUUACUGUGUUUUUUUUUCUCUUUUCUUGCUGUUUUGAUUUUUGUAACUAAUUUUAUAGAAGUUGUACGUAUUUAAUAUUCCAAUUUAAUGCUACGUAGACGAGUUUUUUUCCA